UUUCACGACGCAGCCAUUUGAAACAACGCCAGUUUCGUGAGGAGGAGCAAGCUAACGUUAGUUAUUAGCCAGCCUUUCGUUAACGAAGCUACCUAACUUACAUAUUCGCAUUUAUUGGAGACCCUCCGACAAUAAACCACCAAGAUGUUCAACAGAAUGACCAGCCUUUGGAUGGGUGAUCUGGACCCAUACAUGGAUGAGAAUUUCAUCAAACAGGCCUUCAGCACUAUGGGCGAGACGGCGUAUGGUGUUAAGAUCAUUACCCACAGAGUAACGGGAGGAUCGGCAGGCUAUUGCUUUGUGGAAAUGGCAGACGAAGCCAGCGUUGACCGAUGCGUUCACAGACUGAAUGGGAAGCUUGUUCCUGGAUCAAACCCGCCCAGAAAGUUUAAGUUAAACUAUGCAACUUAUGGGAAACGGCCAGAAGCUGGCCUGGAAUUUUCAGUCUUUGUUGGAGAUCUGUCUUCAGAGGUGGAUGACUACCAGCUCCAUCAGUUCUUCCUGAAGAAGUACCCUUCCUGCAAAGGAGGGAAAGUCGUCUCUGAUCAGUAUGGUAACUCCAGAGGUUAUGGUUUCAUCAAGUUUGGGGAUGAGAACGAACAGAAGAAAGCCAUCGAUGAGUGUCAGAACGCCACAGGCCUGGGGACGAAACCAAUCAGGAUCAGCAUAGCUGUGAACAAGAGCCAUAAAAUGAACAGCUAUAACAACCAGAACCACAACUCCUACCACAACAAUUACCAACAGCCGUACUAUCAACAACCCAACCAGAACUACUACCCUCAUUGGGGCUAUGACCAGUACAACAGCUAUAACUAUGGUGGCUAUGGUCCCUAUGGAGGGUACCCUGCUCCAGGCCCCCAUGGGAUGAUGGGACCCCCACCUCCCAUUGGCAUGCCCCCCAUGCCCACAGACAUGCAGACCUCCUCUGAGCAAACACAGGAGUCCACAGAUGAGCCUGAAGAAGAGGCAGCAGAAGACCCCAACCCUCAGCUGGAUGUGGAUGCACUGAACACAGAAUACAUGGAGAGGAGCGAGGAGCUCUACGAUUCUCUCAUGAACUGUCACUGGCAGCCACUGGAUACCAUCACGUCAGAAAUCCCGCCUUUUUCCACUUCCUGAUCUGUUUCAACUUGUCCUCUGAGUUUAGUAUGAAAUUAAUCUUCUAUAAAAGGGUGAAGUCGUGCAGAAAAUGUUUUUUUUUUUUUUAAAUCACCAGUAGACACACAGCAUGUUUCUUCACUACUGCCUUUUCCAUUUGUAUAUAUUGUUCACAUCCUUCCCAUUUUUUAUUUUAUGGAAGUAAUGUUGUUUUUCGGUGUGCACUAAACUUUCCUUCUAAAUUAUAGCUAAGUCUUUCUGGCAGUGCGUUUGUUUGGUUCAGAAACUGCAUUUUUUUUAUUUGAUUAAAUGAAGUAAUCAAUGGUCGUCAUCUCCCA